GUUCAACGGAUCUGCCACCCCAGCCUAUACACCACACGCCUACGCCCCCGGCAGCAACUGGGUGGUGCUGCUGGGGUGGAAGGAGCAGCGGGCCUCCCUCCUGCAGAGCCUCAAGCUACACGAGCACCUCACCCGCCUUAACUGGUGGAGGGGGGGUGGGUGCCGUUUGGUCCUAGCCCCCAGCCCCCCACCACACCAUCCUCCCUCCAACUACCCCCCACCACCCCACCACCCCUCCCCCCCACCCCCUCCCUCAACAGAUUGGACGUCCAGGUUCAAAGGAUCAACCACCCCAGCCUAUACACCACACGCGUACGCCCCGGGCAGCAACUGGGUGGUGCUGCUGGGGUGGAAGGAGCAGCGGGCCUCCCUCCUGCAGAGCCUCAAGCUACACGAGCACCUCACCCGCCUCUUCCCCCCCGAGCGAGUCGUCAUCUACCGCGAAGGCUCCAUCUCCCUCCCCCGCCGAAAAGACCUGCUCAACCGCGCGCUCCUCAUGGUAUCAGUGCACGAUAAUAUCCUCGCGGAUAUUGUCUUCAUGCCGCCCGGAUCGGCCGUGCUGGAGAUUCGCCCGGUGGAGAAUCCCGAUGUGAUUUUCCACCAGCUGGCGGAUAUCUGCGAAAUUGAGUACUAUUUGGCGUUUUGUGAGGGGGGGAAGGCGGUGGGGAGUGCGGCGGGCGGGUGGGCUGGGAAGCCUGUGGAAGGGAAGUUGGUUGCUAAAGAUCCCAAGGGGGUGCAGAAGAUAUUGACGGAUAUCUCCAGGAAGGUGUUUGCGCGAGCGAACGCGAUGAGACGAAAGGGAGGUUAG